GUGGGGUUGGUCGGGGGGCUGGAGGAGCCCCAGAGUCGCCGCCGAGUGCGCGCAUUUCUUGCUUAGUGGGGAGAUCGUCGUCGAGCUGCUUUCAUCUGGACAUCAGUCACCAGGGUCAAGAGCCAUGGACGUGUCCGUGUCCAGGAACCUUUCCGUCACCGUCACCGACCACAGCGCAGACAAGCUGAGGGAGAGGCAGCAGAUGCUGCGGGUGAAAAUCCAGAGGGCGGAGUCCAAAGCGCUGGGGAUCUCCCAGGUCAUGGUGGGCCUCAUGGUAAUGUCCUACUCCCUUCCUCUGCUCUUCACCAACUUCACGCAGGUCGUGACCUUCGGAGUGCCCUGGUGGAGCGGCAUUGUGUUUAUCGCGGCGGGAGCGGUUGCCAUAGAGACAGAAAAGCACGGCGAUAUGCGUCUGCUCCGCGUCUGUCUGCUGGUCACCGUGGCGGCAGCAGUGGCCUCCAUCCUGGCCCUCAUCUUCUACUUCGUCGACCUCCUCAGCAACCCGGAGAAGAUGUGCGAGAGAGAGGGCUCGCACGUCGUGUGCGAUCCGGAGUACUACUGCCAGGCCUUCAGCCGAGGACUGAAGUCUUGUCUCCUGCUGUUCACCGUGACGCAAGCGGCCGUUUCGGCGACGCUCUCCUUCCUCCUGUACAGGGAGCGGCGCAGCUUCACAGCGUACAUGUCCCUCACUGAGAAUGUGCCAGCAGGGGGCGCUCCUCUUGACUGCAACUGACCGAAGUUCGGCGCAAAGGUGUCCGAGGGGUCCCUCGGAGCGGCCCGUCUUGUGAAAGUGCGCGGGACCCUUUCUUACCGAACUGUGCUAUUGUCAUUUACAUGUUUUUUUCUUAACGAAUCAAAUCUAUAUUCUCAUUCCUUUUCAAUAAAAUACAGUGACAGUCA